AUGCAGCAAGACAGCAUUGUUAAACCGGUUCGCUUUUUAACAAGGAAGCAUGUUUUUCCAUCUAAUAUAGAAAAAAUGAAUGUGUCAAGAGCUGUGCAGGUUUUAUCACCGCCGGUCACUGCUGCACUUAAGCUUCUAAAAGAACAAGCUGGACACACAUGCGACAUGAGUUUUGCUGCUGUGGGACCUACAGUGGAGUUUAUGGAUAUGAUGCACAGUUGGUUCCUGCUGAUGGAUGUGAGCAAUUGUGCACAACACAUUCAUCAAAAACUGCCAGAUAGCAGGCAGUAUGACAGUGCUGAAGAUGCACGUCUAAACUGGCUAAUGACGUCGUUGUUAAGUUACCUUGAAAACAUGCGACGUCAUUGGCAAGCAAAACAGUUCCUUAGCAAGGAAACUUAUCAAGCUCUUGUUAUGACAACAACAUCAAAUGUGGAGUGCGUCAAGCACCUCCUUGCUGUUGAAGGCUUCAAGUUCGUUCUGACAAGAAAAUUCUCAUCGGACCCAAUUGAAUCGUUCUUUGGAUGGUUAAGGCGAUCUGCUGGGAGCAACGAUCAGACAGAUGCUCGAGCAGUCCUCUCUGGUGUGGAGAAGGUCUUGAAGACUGGCUUAGUUUCAGCUUCGCUAAACAGCAAUAUUGUUGACACUUCAGACCGUUCACUUGGACCACUGAGUAGCGAGCCUGCAGUGACCCAGCAUGUGGAUUUAUUUCCACAAGAGAUAAGAAGGCCUCUUGGUGAUCUCCUCAAGAACCCAAAAAGCUUGCUGCCUACACCAGACACUGCGGCACUCUCCAUGUUAGGAGGCUACUUGGCCCGUGUUGUGCAAGAGAAGUUGGACUGCAGCUCCUGCAGUGCUCUUCUCACACGACCUGCCUCAUCUGCGCCCUGCGACAGCCUGAUACGACAUCAGGACAGGGGAGGGCUUUUAUAUCCAUCUGCCGAGUUCGUCUAUGUGCUUUGCACACUGCGAAAGUACAUUGAAGUGAUACCAGACAAAAGGAGGUUUCUGGCAAAGCCCCUUCAAGCUGCAGCCUCAACUGCCGUGGAUGUCCUUGGAGAACACGGGGCAUUAAAAUGUGCACGUGCACGCAGUGACCACCACAAAGAACUUUUGAAACUUGUUUGUGCAAAGUUCUUCAGACCAGUAUUUACGAACUAUGCCUUGUCUGUGACAGACAGGAGGGACAUAGUCAAGCCACUUACAUCCAAGCCGCUUUCUAGGAAGUUGCUGAAGCUGUGA